ACGAAAAUUAAUUAUUUGUUUGCAACAAGACAAUAAUGCUCAAUGUAGUUCUACCGGUAAAAACUAGAUAGAGCUUCUAGGAAGUCGGAAGCUGUGCGUACAAGGGUAGGGUGGAUGCAGGGUAGCCGGAACGAAAUUAAAUCCCACGACGUGUUGGGUAGGUAUACGUACGUAACGUAUACCCGUAGAUACAUGUAUGUGCCGUAAUAGCCACGGCGAGCAAACUUACGUAUUUGUUUGAGAAUUUUAUAAAGAUGCCGUUCUUCUCGGACGCUACAAGUGCUUCUGAAUUUGAUAUAAUUGAUUUUUGAGCAAAAUGGGUGUUUUCUAAAUACGCGAUGCAUCUGUGAGUUUCCGACCAUCUGUAAUUGAACGUGAAAGUGUAAAACGUAAGUCAGAAAAAUGACGAACUCUCUGGUGCUAGACUUUGUUCAUCGUCUCAAAUCGCGGCAUGAAGAAGUCCGAAUUAAGGCAGCACGCGACUUGUGCCUUUAUGUUACGACAGAAUUACGCGAAGCUUCUCAAGAAGAGCUUACAGCAUUUAUGGAUGAAUUUAAUCAUCACAUAUUUGAAAUGGUUUCUGGCUCGGACAUGAAUGAGAAAAAGGGAGGUAUACUGGCAAUAGUAUGCUUGAUCGGUGCCGAUGUGGGUAACAUUAGUACUCGUACUAUAAGGUUUGCUAAUUACCUAAGAAAUUUGCUGCCAUCUAAUGACGUAGGAGUAAUGGAAUUGGCUGCUAAGACUGUCGGCAAGUUAGCACUAGUCUCUGGUACUUAUACUGCGGAAUAUGUUGAGUUUGAAGUGAAACGUGCAUUUGAAUGGCUUGGGGGAGAUAGACAGGAGGGAAAACGACAUGCUGCUGUUCUUGUGCUGAGAGAAUUAGCAGUCUCUAUGCCAACAUAUUUUUUUCAACAAGUCUCUCCUUUUUUUGAUCUAAUAUUCAACGCAAUAAGGGAUCCUAAGCCACUGAUUCGAGAAGCAGCUUCAGAGGCACUUAGAGCUGCAUUAGUAGUGACUGCCCAAAGAGAAUCUGCUAAACAGAUGCACAAGCCACAGUGGUACAAGGAAUGUUUUCAGGAAGUUUUACAGUGCUUUAAUGAUACGGAUGUCAAGGGAAGAGGAUCUAAUAAAGAUGCUGGGAUUCAUGGCUCUCUUUUGGUCUUGAAUGAGCUUUUGAGAUGCAGUAAUGCUCGAUGGGAAAGGAACUAUGAGGCCUUAAUGGAGAGAUUGAAUUGUCCUUCUCAACAAAUUGAUGAUGAUAUUCUAUCACUAAUGCCUCGUCUCAAAACUGCUAUUGUACCUAACUGGAAUGGAUCCGUUCCAAGUCGAUCUAAUCACCAGCACACAAUUCAUCCUGUCCAUGAAUCUGCUGCUUGUCGUAGUUUGAUGCAAGAAGGUAUAGAUAAUAUCUAUGUUGAUGUUAUGAACCAAAAAGCGUCGAGAAAUCCUCAUAUACAGCAUGCCCUGAUGAUGCUUAUACCUAGGCUUGUUGCUUUCAAUAAAGAGAAAUUUGAUAAACAUCAUCUGGCACAGAGCAUAUCCUAUCUAUUAAUGACUCUGAGAAGCCGAGAAAAAGAUAGACAUGCAGCAUUUACAACUAUAGGAUUAAUUGCUGUGGCUGUUGAGAAUGGGAUAGAACCUUAUCUUCCUGAAAUUAUGGACGUCAUCAAAGCUUCUCUGCCAUCCAAAGAGACUCCAAGCAAAAAACGAGGCACAGUACUUGAACCAGCGGUGUUUAUCUGCAUUACUCUGCUGGGGCAUGCAGUAAAGCAAACUAUCGGCCCAGAUAUAAAAGUCCUGUUGGAGCCAAUGCUUGCUACAGGACUUAGCCCGAUUCUCACUAAAUCAUUGCGGGAAUUAGCACAUAGUAUACCAUCUUUGAAACCAGAUAUUUCUCAAGGGCUCUUGCGAAUGCUAUCCCAAGUUCUCAUGCACAAGCCACUUCGCCAUCCUGGAGCACCUCGGACAGCAACAAGUCCGAUUUUGACCUCAGCUACAGAAGCAGAUGUCCCAUCAACAGUACUAGCCCUUAAAACACUUGGCACUUUUAACUUCGAUGGGAAUCCACUGUUACAAUUUGUUAGAAGAUGUGCCGAUCACUUUUUGACUUCUGAGCAAGCUGAAGUUCGAUUGGAAGCUGUGAGAACUUGCUCUAGGCUGUUAAGGCUGGCAUUGAAUCAGCCUGGUCCUACUGUGACCAAUACAGUUUCUGCAGUACUGGCAAAACUUCUAGAGGUAGGCAUCACAGAUACGGAUCCUGACGUCAGAUUUUCGGUCUUAGCAUGUUUGGAUGAAAGUUUUGAUAUUCAUCUUGCUCAAGCCGAGAGUUUAUCGGCACUGUUUGUUGCAAUGAAUGAUGAAAUGUUUGAAAUAAGAGAGUUGGCAAUUUAUACGAUUGGGAGAUUAAGUACAAUGAAUCCAGCUUAUGUGAUGCCAUCUCUUCGUAAAACACUCAUUCAAUUUUUAACUGAACUUGAACAUUCUGGUAUGGGACGUAACAAAGAACAAGCUGCACGUAUGUUGGAUCACUUGGUCGUCAGUGCUCCUCGACUCAUCAGACCAUACAUGGAACCAAUUUUGAAAGUUCUCAUUCCUAAGUUGAAAGAAUCUGAGACCAACCCUGGUGUUGUUCUUGCUGUUCUCAGAGCCAUUGGUGAUCUGGCGGAAGUGAGUGGAUCAGAAAUGCAACAGUGGAUGCCAGAACUGUUGUCUAUAUUACUUGAAAUGUUGGUUGAUGCUAGUUCACCAGAAAAACGAGGUGUUGCCCUGUGGGUUUUGGGUCAAUUAGUUGGGAGUACAGGACAUGUCGUAAAGCCAUACACACAAUACCCGUCUUUAUUAGAUGUGUUAAUCAAUUUCUUGAAGACCGAACAGCAACCCAUUAUUAGGAGAGAAACCAUACGUGUUCUUGGAUUGCUGGGUGCUCUGGACCCUUAUAAACACAAAAUGAACCUUGGUCAAAUUGAUUCGCAGUUGGACUCUCUAACAUCUAUGGCCGAUAUCAGAUCUAAAAGUGACUCUGAAACGAGCCAGGAUUUAACAACCAGUGAAAUGCUUGUAAACAUGUCCUCUUCAACACUUGAAGAAUAUUAUCCUGCAAUUGCAAUUGCCACCUUAAUGCGCAUUAUCCGGGAGCCUACACUCUUCCAGCAUCAUACCAUGGUCGUUCAAGCUGUAACAUUCAUUUUCAAAAGUCUUGGCAUCAAAUGCGUUCCGUACAUUUCCCAGGUGAUGCCUAGCUUUUUAAAUGUAGUUCGAAGUGCUGAUAUCGGUUUUCGAGAAUACCUUUUCCAACAGUUGGCUGUACUUAUUGCAAUUGUAAAACAGCAUAUUCGGAAUUAUUUAGAUGAUAUUUUUGCUUUGAUCAAAGAAGUUUGGACUGUGAACAGUACUUUACAAAGUACGUUGAUACUUCUUGUGGAACACAUUGCUGUUGCUUUGGGUGCUGAAUUUAAAAUUUAUCUCCCACAACUUAUGCCACAGAUUCUAAGAGUUUUGACGCAUGAUACUAGCAAAGAUCGUGCUGUUACUGUCAAGCUACUUCUUGCAUUACAAAAGUUUGGAAAUAAUCUUGACAAUUAUUUACAUCUAGUGCUUCCGCCCAUAGUGAAGCUAUUUUAUGCAACUGACUGCCCAAUUUCGGUAAAUAAAGUUGCUUUAGAAACUGUGGACCAUCUUGCUGAAACAUUGGACUUCACCGAUUUUGCUUCAAGAAUAGUUCAUCCACUGGUGAGAACAUUGGAUACAUGCCCAGAACUGAGAGGCACUGCAAUGGAAACUCUUUGUGCACUUCUGAUUCAACUUGGAAAGAAAUAUAAAAUUUUCAUUCCACUGGUACAGAAAGUUAUGACCAAACACAAAAUUGUUCAUCAAACGUACGAUGUUUAUAUAGAUAAAAUUUUAACUGAAUCUACUGUGACUGAUGGCGAAGAUUAUCUGCUUACACGUCCUCGAGACUUCAGACACAAGCAUCGUGAUUUAUCACUGACCUCCUCGGAUACCACAACAAUUAAACGACUAAAUGUCUCAGCGUCAAAUCUACAAAAGGCUUGGACUGCAACACGCAGAGUAUCUAAAGACGAUUGGCUAGAAUGGCUUCGAAGUUUGUCUAUUGGAUUACUCAAAGAAUCACCGUCUCCAGCAUUGAGGUCCUGCUGGGCACUUGCUCAGACUUAUUCACAACUUCCGAGAGACUUAUUUAAUGCAGCUUUUGUAUCAUGUUGGACUUACCUUGAGGAGCCGUAUCGAACAGAAUUAAUCGAGACUUUGCAGCAAGCUUUAAUGGUACCAGAUCUUCCAGAAAUAACACAAACUAUUUUGAACUUGGCGGAAUUUAUGGAACAUUGUGACAAGGGACCAUUACCAUUGAAUGCAAAGAUAUUGGGUGAACGAGCGAUGCAUUGCCGAGCGUAUGCCAAGGCCCUGCACUACAAGGAAGACGAGUUUCAUAAAAGUCGAAAUAGCAAUGUUUUUGAGUCAUUGAUUUCCAUCAAUAACAAACUCCAACAAAAAGAGGUUGCGGAGGGUUUACUAGAGUAUGUUAUGAAACAACAAAACCAGCAGGACUUGAAAGUACAAGUACGGUGGUACGAGAAAUUACAUAACUGGGAUAAGGCAUUGGAUUUGUAUAAAGACCGUCUGAACAGCGAUCCUAACGAUGUAGAAUCCACUCUAGGAGAGAUGCGCUGCCUAGAAGCGCUUGGUGAAUGGGGACAGCUGCAUGAUGUUGCGACUCGUCAAUGGGCCAACGAAAAUGAUGAGAAUAAACAGAGAAUGUCCCGUAUGGCUGCUGCUGCAGCUUGGGGGCUUGGACAAUGGGAGAGUAUGGAAAAGUACGUGAAUUUCAUCCCCAAAGAUACUCAAGAUGGGGCAUUUUACAGAGCAGUAUUGGCUAUUCAUGAUGAACAGUACAAUGUAGCUCAUCAAUUAAUAGAUAGUGCAAGGGAUUUAUUGGAUACAGAAUUAACAGCAAUGGCAGGUGAGAGUUACCAAAGAGCUUAUAAUGCAAUGGUCGAAGUUCAAAAGUUAGCUGAAUUAGAAGAAGUGAUACAAUUCAAGUUAGUCCCAGAACGAAGGCAGACAAUAAAGUCAAUGUGGUGGGAAAGAUUGCAAGGUGGACAACGUGUGGUAGAAGAUUGGCAGAAAAUCAUUCAAGUCCACACGUUGGUGGUAUCUCCUCAAGAUGAUAUGUACACUUGGCUGAAAUAUGCAAGCCUCUGCCGAAAGAAUGGCAGCCCCAUGUUGUGUCACAAGACAUUAGUUAUGCUGUUGGGAAUGGAUCCAUCUCAGAAUCCAGAUCAGCCAUUGCCUACAACACACCCUCAAGUGACAUUUGCUUACUGUAAACACAUGUGGAUGGCAAAUAAUCGAGAAGCAGCUUACAGUCAGCUUCAACGAUUUGUACAAACUUCGUUACAGCCAGCAACAAUAUCUGUGCUCAAUCAAGAUGAUGAGAAGCAACAAGAAGUUAGGAAGAGAUUGCUAGCUCGAUGCUAUUUGAAACUUGGAGAAUGGUUGGAGGCGCUAGAGGGGAUAAGCGAACAUUCCAUUCCAGCUGUACUAUCAUACUAUGCAGCUGCAACGAAACAUGAUCCAUCGUGGUACAAAGCAUGGCAUGCUUUUGCUUACACGAAUUUUGAAACAGUUCUAUUUUAUAAACAUCAACAAGGUGAUACCAACAUUGACAAUGUACCAGGCAAUGCCACACGUGCGGGAUUAUCAAGUUCUCAAUAUAUUUCUCAGUUUACUGUACCAGCAGUGGAAGGAUUCUUCAGAUCAAUUAAUUUGUCACACGGUAGUUCACUGCAGGAUACUUUACGAUUACUGACUUUGUGGUUUGAUUAUGGACAGUGGCCUGAAGUAUACGAAGCCAUUGUCGAAGGAAUACGAUUAAUCGAAAUUAAUACGUGGCUCCAAGUAAUACCCCAGCUUAUUGCCAGAAUCGAUACACCUAGGGCUCUGGUUGGUCGUUUGAUACAUCAUCUGUUGAUUGAUAUCGGUAAAACUCACCCUCAAGCUUUGGUGUAUCCUUUGACUGUUGCGUCAAAAAGUGCAAGCUCUGCUCGCAAGACCGCUGCUAAUAAAAUAUUAAAAAAUAUGUGUGAACACAGUCCUACGUUGGUACAGCAAGCUGUCUUAGCCAGUGACGAAUUGAUUAGAGUUGCAAUUUUGUGGCAUGAACUCUGGCAUGAAGGUUUGGAAGAAGCCAGUAGAUUGUACUUUGGUGAGAGAAAUGUCAAGGGGAUGUUUGAUACUUUAGAGCCUCUUCACGCUAUGUUAGAACGAGGGCCACAAACCUUGAAGGAAACAUCAUUCAAUCAAACUUACGGAAGAGAUUUGAUGGAAGCAAAGGAAUGGUGUUAUAGGUACAAAAUGUCUGGAAAUGUGAAAGACUUGAAUCAGGCAUGGGAUCUUUAUUACCAUGUAUUCAGAAAAAUCUCAAGGCAAUUACCGCAACUCACAAGCCUCGAACUACAAUACGUCAGUCCAAAAUUGUUAGUUUGUCGAGAUUUGGAAUUAGCUGUUCCUGGGAGCUAUAGCCCAGGACAUCCUAUUGUUAGAAUUGCGAGUAUUCAAGGUUCCAUGCAAGUGAUCACCAGCAAGCAGCGACCUCGGAAGCUCUGUAUUAAGGGAAGCAAUGGCAAAGACUAUAUGUUCCUACUAAAAGGUCAUGAAGAUCUUAGACAGGACGAACGUGUCAUGCAACUUUUUGGUCUAGUCAAUACACUGUUGCUGCAUGAUCCAGACACAUUCAGAAGAAAUCUCACUAUUCAGAGGUAUGCUGUAAUUCCACUGUCUACCAAUAGUGGUCUGAUUGGCUGGGUACCACAUUGUGACACUCUACAUACACUAAUACGCGAUUAUCGAGAAAAGAAAAAGAUACUGCUGAACAUCGAGCAUAGAAUAAUGCUAAGGAUGGCACCGGAUUAUGAUCAUCUCAUGCUAAUGCAGAAAGUGGAAGUCUUUGAACAUGCUUUAGAACACACUCAUGGGGAUGAUUUAUCUCGUCUUUUGUGGCUAAAAUCGCCAUCCAGUGAAGUCUGGUUUGAUCGUAGAACAAAUUACACACGUUCUCUUGCAGUGAUGUCGAUGGUUGGCUAUAUACUGGGUCUUGGAGAUCGACAUCCUUCCAAUUUGAUGUUGGACCGUUUAAGUGGAAAAAUUCUUCACAUAGACUUUGGUGAUUGUUUCGAAGUAGCCAUGACUCGUGAGAAGUUUCCAGAGAAGAUCCCUUUUCGGUUGACGCGAAUGUUAAUUAAUGCAAUGGAGGUAACAGGAAUUGAAGGAACAUACAGACGGACAAGUGAAUCGGUUAUGUCAGUGUUACAUCGAAACAAAGACAGUUUAAUGGCUGUGUUGGAGGCUUUUGUUUAUGAUCCCCUGUUAAACUGGAGACUAAUGGAUAAUGCAGUUCCAAAAACCACACGAUCAGAUGCUCAAGGUAUUACCGCAAGUAGUAGUCAGGAGCAUGGGGAUAUGCUAGAUUCUCACAGUGCUACUCUACCAAAGAAAGGAGUUCCUUGUAGCGUCGAAAAUGGAGGAGAUAACAAUCAGCCAGAGGCUCUGAACAAAAAGGCCUUGGCAAUUAUAAAUAGAGUGAGAGAUAAAUUAACAGGCCGUGAUUUUUCACACGAGGAGACACUUAAUGUUCAACAGCAAGUUGACUUGCUAAUCCAACAGGCAACGAACAAUGAAAACCUCUGCCAGUGUUACAUUGGAUGGUGUCCAUUCUGGUGAGAGCUGGGUUGUACAAAAUAGUUUUUUCACAAUAAUUGUUGAACUAUGCUUCAUCGCCUAAUCUUUUCUGAGAUUCAUGGGAGCUCCAGCUAUUACUCAAUAGGAUUUACAGAUGAUUCAGGGUAAAUUCUGUUCCAUAUGCUCUUAAAAUCAUAUUCGUAAAUGAUUACGAUGGUGAACCAUUCAAACGUGUAGAUAUAUACGGAAAAAAAUGCUGCGCUUGUUUUCUUAAUUUUAUAACAGUGCCUCAUUAUCAAUGCGUAUUAGUAUUUUCGAUCAUUAAGAAAUAAGAGUCGCUAUGAAAAAGGUGAAUUAGUUCAAGAUCGCAUUUUCAUAUACAACACAGCGAUUAACGUUGUUUCUACCAAUUUUAGGCUUCUUCCUUGUUUUGCCAUAGCCUUUUUGGCAUAUUGAAGUACGAAGAAAGUACCACCACUCUACUAAUUCAGUUCAAAUAUUCAAUAGCUGUGUGCUGUAUGCUGUCAUGAUCAUAGAUGUGAUCAAUAAUGGUUUCGAACAGUUUACUUAAGUAUUUCAAAUUCACUUGAUUCUGAUGAUUAGGCAUUAUGAACCGCUAAUGAUUUGUGGAUAUCGAAUAUUCUGUUCCCAAAUCAUUUAAUAUGUACUUUAUCUUGUAUAUAUUGUGUAUUAUUUCAUUUUAGAAAUAUUUGAUAUCUUAAUGUAUUAUAGUUUGUGUUUAGGAUAAAAGUAGGUGAUGAAGUAAAAUUUAGUUUUAAUUACGGUAAUUUGUACAAAGUGCUUUAUUACGCGAAACAAUUGGGAAAUCGAAUUUAUGUAAUAGAGGAAAUCGUUGGCAUAGAAUUAUAAUUUGAAAUAACUUUAACUCUUGAUGGCACAAUUGCUAUUUUUAUAAUUUUCAUUAUUCACCAUCAAACUUCUUUACAGUCUUACGGACGAGGAAAAUGAGUAAAUAAUUAAAUAAAUCGACUGAGAUUUACCAAAA